AGAGUGCGCCGCGAGCUGAAAGUUUGGGGCCGUCUCAAACAUCAUAGCAUUCUUCCACUGUGGGGAGUGGCAAACGACUUCGGGCCCUACCUUGCAAUGAUUUGCCCGUGGGCCGUUAAUGGAGCUCUCACAGGCUAUCUUGAGCGCCAACAAGAUACGUUGUCGUCCUUGGAUAAAUUCUCCCUUCUGAAUGAUAUUGCGCUUGGAUUGCAAUACCUCCACAGCAAAUCAGUUGUCCAUGGUGACCUAACGGGGUCAAAUGUCUUGAUUUCUGAUAAUGGUCGUGCAUGUCUUGCUGAUUUUGGUCUCUCUACUAUCAUCGUAGAGUUCAUCGGUACCUCCUAUUUUACGAGCUCCAUCCGAGGGAAUGCCCGAUGGGUAGCUGCAGAGUUAUGUGAAGCACCAGAAGACAGUGAGGCCUCACUGAGCACCGAAUGCGACAUAUAUUCAUUUGGCAGUAUUACAUUGCAGAUAUUAACUUGCAAGGUACCCUACUACAAUGUGAAAAAGGAUAUUGCGGUGUUGAGCCAAGUCAUCAAAGGGAUUAAACCGGAACCUCCUGAGGAAUCGCAAAUAGCGUCUGGGCACUGGGAGUUCAUACAGCGAUGCUGGUUGCCUCGUGCCAGUCGUCCAUCUAUUGCAGAAAUUGUAACAUUUAUAGUACGUGAACAACAAGCUCUGUCACCCUAG